AUGGACUGGCCACAUGACUAUUCAAUUGUGGAUGAGGGCAACCUGAAGCAGGUGUUCUCUUUUGAUCCUAAACCUACGACAGUGGUGCGACUUCUUGAACAGGAUGAGACACCCACUAUCACCUCCCUAGACGGAAAGGAAGACUGGAACAGGUGGAUGCACAGUGAAGUACCGUCGCUCGAUGGAACCACUUCAGGCUUGAUAUUGGUCUUGGCUCGGCGAGCGGGAGGGAAAGAUCACGAUCUUCCUCGAGUGACGAAAGUCAACUCAGAUGAAUGGCUACAGCAUCUGGACCGAGAGAUCAAACGUUCGGGAGUAACUUCAAACAUGGCAUCAGAUGGAGCAGGUAACAGUGACCUUCGUAAGCUUCCAUUUUCGAAAGAUGUCUUUCUCGACAUAGCCAGGAAAUUCCACAUCCAUAAUUCAAUUCUCCGGACUGUCAGCAGGGCAGAUAUGUCGGAGUUCUUCAAUGCAGAAGUGCGGAUAACUUUGGGAGACGGAACUGAGACGCCAACAUAUGUCUACAACUGUCGUUCUGCCAAUACAUGGCCCAUGGACCUGGCCCUGACGGCUACGUAUUUUCCUAGCUGCAGAUUGACUUUUGCGGUGCUAUUCGGCUGCCCACUUUCCGUAGAGCAAAGUAUCAUUCGGCGCCUGAAAGGUGCUAUUUCUGAGGCCGGUCAUCCUCUCCUCAUGCCUGGUAUAUUUGUCGAGAUUGAACGGACUCGACACCUCCGAGUCAUCGAGAAGUCAGUCUGCGCAAUAGAAAAACGCAUCACAUCACUGGCCUAUAGCUUAGAAGAGAUGGAAGCCAUCGCCUCUUCGCAGCGGGACAGAGACAAUCAGGAAAAGAGGGAUCAGUGGCUUGACACGACAUUCCUACGCAAUCAUCUACUCAGCUGGAAUCUCCAGCUCAGAACAAUGGCAAGUCAUGUAAAUGAGCUCGUCGACGGGCACUUACCACUCCAGAUCGGCCAUCAUCCACCCAAGGACAGCCGAUCCCAAUGCAACGUGUAUGAUGAUUGUGAACCAAGCCGAGCACAUUUGAAGCGUGUCAGUAUUAAAGUCGGAAAACGGCUUGGAGAGAUAAUCAACGAAUACGACGACAAGAUUCGAGAUUGCACCAUGAGAGUCGACGGUAUGGCAAUGGCAACGCAAUGGGCACAAGGGGAAACCAAUGCGGAUAUUGCCUUGGCUACAAGCAGAGACUCGCGGCAUAUGAGGUCAAUCGCACUUGUCACGAUGAUAUUCCUUCCGGGUACAUUCUUCGCUGCCUCGUAUGUCUUCAAGUCGUUCUUCUCAAUGACCUUCUUCAACUGGUUUGAUGCAAAUGGAAAAGCGGAGGUGUCUGGCUACCUAUGGAUCUACGUGGUUGUGAGCGCGGUUUUUACAAUCCUUACAAUUGGAACUUGGUGGUGUUUUGGCGUCUGGCGUCGACAUCCGCUGCGCCUGAGCGGUGGAGAUAUUGAAAAAGUCGGUUUCGUUGCGUAA